AUGAUCGUUCAUCUCUUCCUCCAGACAUGGCUCUUAGCCGCUACCGCACUUGGUGGCAUGACCAAGAACGGCAGUCUAUGCACCGUCACGCCGUCCGGGUCCAAAGACGACUCUCCUGCUCUCAUGGACGCAUUCAAACAGUGUGGCCAGAAUGGUCAGAUUGAAGUUACAACAGGCGACUACACCAUUGCCAAAGUCAUGGAUGUGCUCAACCUCAAGAACUGUGACAUCUCUAUCCGUGGCAAACUCACCUGGAAUGAUGACAUCCAGUACUGGCUGAAGAACAGCAUCAGUGUGACAUACUCUGCACGCUCAACUGCUUGGAGAAUAGGUGGAGAGAAUUUUACUUUGCAGGGUCACGGUCAAGCGCUGUUCUUCGGCAACGGCCAGAAGUGGUAUGAUCAGAACAAAGGCAACAGCAAUCAAAAUGGCCGGCCGAUUAGCCUGACGCUGUGGAAUGCGAAGAAUGUAUGGGUCGACGGCAUCACAUGGAGGCAGCCGCAGUUCUGGCACACCUUCGUCGCUCAUUCGCAAAACAUCACCAUGACCAACCUCGACAUGAACGCAACCUCAAACUCCCAAUGGAGCACAGUCAACACCGACGGCUUCGACAGCUGGAACUCAAAGGACAUCGUCAUCAAGAACUGGGUUGUGACGUGUGGCGACGCAGGUUCCCCCCUUAUAUCCCCCCACCACUACCACACAUCUAACCCGUUGCAGGACUGCAUCUCCAUCAAAGGCAACAGCACCAACAUCCACGUCAAAAACGUCACAUGCCACGAAUCCGGCGCCAUGGUCAUCGGCUCCCUCGGCAACCCCACCACCGUGCCCGACUACGUGGACAACGUCGUGUUCGAAGACAUCACCGCGAUCCACAGCUCCAACGCCGCCUGGAUCAAGACGUAUCCGGGCGUCGGGCACGUGAGGAACAUCACCUUCCGCAACAUCCACUUCGUCGAUGUCAACCAGCCCAUCUACGUCUCGCCGUGUAUAUACUCGUACACCAACUGUGACGCGAGCAGGCUGCAGAUUAGCGAUGUCACGUGGGAGAAUGUCACGGGCACGAGUCGGUAUAAUGUCGCGGCGGGUAUAUAUUGCUCCAAGAAGACGCCGUGUACGGGGUUUAAGUUCAAGAAUAUUGAUAUCAAGCCGAUUGGCGGCGGGGUGGUGAAGGUGCUGUGUAGUAACAUGAAUAGUGAUAGUGGGCUGGCGUGUACGGGGACGUGUCCGGCGGGGUGGAAGCAGCAGUUAAGCGGCAAUGCUUGA